AGGGAAGGAAAAAAAAAAAAAAAAGAAAAAAGAAACCAAAAAGGCGGCUUUCCCCGAGAGAGAAGCCCGGGCGGAGCGGACAGGAGCAUGAGGAGCGGCGGGCGGCUGCUGCCGGGCUGCGCAGGUACAACAAGUGGAUAAGCAAUGUGCACUGCUCUGAGCCCGAAGGCACGUGGGCCUGGCCUCUCUGAUAUGCAUCAAUACAGUCAGUGGCUUGCCAGUAGACAUGAGGCCAACUUGUUGCCGAUGAAAGAGGAUUUGGCCCUGUGGCUCACAAACCUACUGGGUAGAGAAAUAACAGCAGAAACCUUUAUGGAGAAAUUGGAUAAUGGUGCCUUACUUUGUCGGUUAGCUGAGACCCUGCAGGAGAAAUUUAAAGAAAACAGCUUUGAGGCAAACAAGCCUGGUAAAACCUUACCAGUACGGAAGAUUCCAUGCAAAGCCAAUGCUGCUUCAGGGUCUUUUUUUGCACGAGACAACACAGCAAAUUUCUUAUCCUGGUGCAGAGAUGUAGGGGUGGAUGAUACCUGCCUGUUUGAAUCGGAAGGUUUGGUUCUCCACAAGCAGCCAAGAGAAGUGUGCCUUUGUUUGCUGGAACUUGGAAGGAUUGCAGCAAGGUUUGGGGUGGAGCCUCCUGGAUUAAUAAAGUUGGAAAAAGAGAUCGAACAAGAGGAAACGCUUUCAGCACCCCUCCCAUCUCCUUCACCCUCACCAACAAAGUCUCCAGGGAAAAAGAGCACAGGGAAGCUGUUGGAUGAUGCUGUUAAACACAUUUCUGAAGAUCCACCUUGUAAAUGCCCUAAUAAAUUCUGUGUGGAGCGCCUUUCACAAGGAAGAUACAGAGUUGGAGAAAAGAUCCUCUUCAUUAGGAUGCUGCACAACAAACAUGUGAUGGUCCGUGUUGGAGGAGGAUGGGAGACUUUUGCAGGUUACUUACUGAAGCAUGACCCGUGCCGAAUGCUGCAGAUCUCUCGAGUGGAUGGGAAAACUUCUCCAAUUCAGAGCAAGUCUCCAACCCUCAGGGACAUGAAUCCAGACAAUUAUCUGGUUGUUUCUGCCCAUUACAAAACCAAGAAGGAGAUUAAGUGAAAUAAGCUUCUCAUGUGAUUGGGACUCUAUCUAUGUAGGUCCAAAUUAUUUUCUCAAGUGUAGCAAAGUUAGUUUAUGCUUUAAAAGGACUUCAGAAACUUUCAGACUGGAAAUGGCAACCCAUUUUGAAGAUCUUUGAAUUGUAGAAAUAUUUAUUUCUAGUACUGUAUCUUUUAUAGCAAAUUACCCUUGCUAGGCUAAUUACUACAAUCAGAUAAGAAAUAGACAUAUAUUUUUAGCCAAAUUAUUACUCUUUAAUACGUGAAUGUAUACUUAGAGUUACAUAAAGGAGUGGAUCCUGUUAAAGGAAGAAAAUACAUAAUACAGUAUAUUUGUAUGAAAAUCUUAUGACAUUGAAUCCGUGACUGUUAGACUAGUUGAAAUAUAUAUAUGCAGGUGGAAAAUUAGUAUUUGUGGAAAUUAUUUGGUAAUGCCUCUUGAAAUGAAAUCAGAAUUGACUAUUAUUAUGGGUUGCAAGAUUUUCUUAAGCAAUAGAAUAUAGAGACUUGUUGCAUGCCAAACAAUUUCCCAAAGUGAUUACUUAAAAAAAAACAUAAAAUAGCCCAAGAAGAAAGACCCACAACCCUUCUACUCUUUAAAACAAAAGGCAAUACCGAG